AAACCGAACGACCGACACCGUUUUUAACGCCGCCGCCGCAGGGGAAUUCUCGACUUCCGUUCGCGUACUGCUCGUCAUAAAUAUCGAACGGUAAGUUAUCGGUGUUUUCGUUUCGAACGGUUUCCGUUGUUUUUUUCUCCGCGGGACUCAUUGCCUUCAUAAAAAAAAAAAUAAUAAUAAUAAUCAUAAUAUAAUUAUAAUAUGCCAGGCUAGUGGCGUUAUCAGGAAUUUUGUAUGGGGGAGGGGGUUAAACUCCACGAAAAAAAAUCACCAUUAACUCGUUCUCUGCACUUAGACAUUUUGUAAUAUUCAUUAAAUUGGUUAUGUAAUAUUAUUAUAUACAGUGUGUUAACUAAUAAAACACUGCGUGCCUUGUCACCACAAAAACGAUACUCCACUACUUUCCCCCCACCUAAAUUUAAAAGUGAAAUAUCUCGUAAAUGGAUUAACAAAAAUUAAAAAUUAUAACACCAACAUUUAUUUAAAAUCUAUUUAUUAAACUUUUAAUAUAGAUUCUCGUUUGAAAAACCAAAGUUGGUAGCAGCACAGGAUACUCUUUAAAUGUUUUCAAAAAUCUUAAGUAUUCGAAAAUAUCGACUUUAACUACAUUUGCAAAUUCGAAAAAUUAGGGUUUGGAUACAUGCAAAAUUCAACCAAAAAAACGGGGUGAACACGUUUAGUGAAUCAACUUGUAUUAAGUAAAUAUUAACGGCUGUUGGUUAACGUAUACAUGGUCAAUGGGGAGGGCUAUAGCCCCCUCAGUGGCAUAAAUAGGAGAAGGUUUUGGGGGUACGACCCCUAAAUAUUUAUGGUUGGUACGGCACACGUGCUUAUUUGAGAAUUUAUUUAAUUUAUGUAUUAACUAAUACCCAAAAGCUUUUUUUAUAAUCCCCCCUCCAAUUAAUUUCUUUAUGCGUCACUGAGCUCCCUUAUCCCCCCCUGGAUACGCCUAUGUGUUAGGAUUUAUUUUAUUCAAUUGUACCAAUGUAAUUUAUUGUACAGUUUUUUACGGAGAGGGAGGAAAGAGGCUGGGCCUUUAUGAGCUCCGCAAUGUAUAUAUUAAUUUAAACUAACAAAAAAAAAAAUAUUCUAGGGUACCUCUUACCUGCAUGAAAAUGAAUUAAGUUUUUUUAUUUUUUAAUUAGAAAACAAUAGCUUUUUGAGAUAUCUCAAAGAGUUUAUCUUCGUGGGGCACUCUCUAUAAAUAAUCUAAUUGUAUUGUGGUACCCACAGAAUCUUUCUUUUUUUUUUUUUAACAUUAACUUGGUUUUUACGUGUAUAUUGCUAACACAGAUAAAUUAAAUUGGACAUUAAUAUUUUAUUUCUCAACUGAACAUUUUAUAUCUCCUACUACACGAUUGGUCGUCUACCACACCUUACAAUGAGGAUAUAAUAUCGUGUAGUGAUAUACCGUGUAGUGGAUUGUUUCUUUUUUUUUUCAAAACUAUGAUAUUCAACCCGAUUGUUUCGGUGAUAAACGCCGGUAAUAAAAUGUUUCUGAAAUGCUAAACAAAAAUCGGGCUUUUAACCGAUAUAUCAUCGGCCGAUUUCAAUAUCGACUCGCGGUUUACGAUUUUAUCGAAUGUCGGGGAAAAGAAAAUGUCACAUAAUAGACUCACCGUCACUAAUUAAAAUAAUAUUUUUUUAAACGGUCCCGUAUUGGUGUAGACCAUAGACCAUUUGACAUAAUAGUAAUAAUACAUGUGUAUGUCGUACCCGAGUAUUUUCAAAAAAGGAAAAUCGUCGAGGUCGGAAAGAGCAUGUUUUUUUUUUGGGCGAGAAGACGCAAUGAAUUAUAAACGGGCUAUGAUUUUCCGAGACCCUUUUGAAAAUUCAAUUCGAUACUGUAUACAAAAUAUUGUAUACUUACUGGAUUUUGGCCGGUCAUAAAUAAAUAAAAAUAAAUAAUAAUAAAAAAAAAAAAUAGCUAUACAUUUUACGCGCGUAAAAUAAUCUGUUGUCAGAUUAUUAAUUUGAAACUAUAGACUUGCAUUUUUUGGUCGCUUAGGCGUUAGAUUAAAAUUACACACGUACGUAGUAUUUUUUUAUUAUUAUUUUUUUUUUUUCGUAAACACACAUAUACUAUAAAUUAUCGCUUUCUCGUGGAAAACGAUGUGCUCGUCGCCCAAAACGCAAUUAUUUCAGCCCUAACCAACACGCGUAUUAUAUGCUAUUGUAUUGUGAUGCAGUCGUCUUAAAAGUCAAUAAUAAACGUUAAAAAAAUAUUAUAAUACUCGUAUGGGUACCGCCGGUACGGGUUCAAGUCGACCUACGGAAAUAGUAUGUAGUCAAAACGUAACACGCGACUAAUUCACAGAAAUAGAAAAAAAAACAAAAAUUAUAGGCAAUAAAUUAAUAAAAUAUAACGAAAAUCGCUCACCGGUUGAAACGGAUGUAUUUCAUUCGUGUCGGACGUGAAUGAUGUUACGCUAUUGUAUUGAACGAAAACAAAUCGUACCUACCCGCUUGUGCCUACCGCGGCGACGAUGGCCGACGACAAAUUUCGAAGAAAUUGUCCAAAGUCAGAAAAUAUCUACGCAUUAAAGACAAAAAACCGAAAAAACACCGACGUCCCGGCCGAUAUUUACGAAACAAUACAACGGGUUACCUACCUACGGGUAGGCGGGGUGCGCACGAUUCACGAACGCCUGUGUAUACCGGCUGCGGAUCGCUACCUGACCGCUAAAUUGUUUAUCGGUGUUGCUCGGGCAACCCCCUCCCCCGCCUGCCACCCACGUAACGGUUGAAAUACUAAUAUCGAAAUGUUUGUAUUUUAGUACGGGCAGACGAGUACGAAAUAUCGUUUCCGCGUUUCUACGGGGGCAUCAGAUAUCGUUAUUUUUUUUUUUUUAUUUCCGUCCGUUGUAACACUGUACGGUCCCGCCGGGAAGCUAUCAGUGCGUAUGCAGCGGCUUCCGGUAGUAGUUUUUUUUUUUCCCUUUCCGUUCCGCUGUUUACCCGCUGCCGCUAUCCGCGUUAUCACGUCCGUGAUAAUAACGUCGUUACGAAAACAACGGUUCACGUACGUAACGACAACGCAACAAAUUUCUCCGAAACGCCGCCGCAAUUAUUCAAAUCGAUUGUUGUUCGUUUUUUCAAAAUUAUUAUCAAUUAUUACAACGGACGUUAUUGCGGCGUACUAUUGUUGUCCACUGUUAUACCCCGGCCGUUGCACUGCACUGAAAUAUUGUUCGUUACAUACCUAACCGGUUAUUAUGUCCCCGAACGACAGUUUUUGAUCGGCAGGUACGAAAAAAAUACAAUUAUUUCACGGGCGUCCACGAUGAACGUCGUGGCAGUGAGUAUUUCGGUUUUGGUUUUGGCCGCCAGUUGUUCCGGUCUCGCGGACGACAUGCUCAAAUGCCAAACGUUCGCCGACGGUUCCGUGUAUCCGUCCAGUACGGUGGAGUCCACCAACCACAAACUGCAAUACACCAAGGCGUUGAGUGAGUAAAGAGGCUUUCCGACGAAUAACGUAAACUGCCUAUUAAAAUCGUAUUUUAAUUUUCGGCGCGAUACUGUUCAGUAUCGAAACCGGCGCCCGAAUGGAAAGGCACGGCCGUCGUCAACGGCACGCUACAAGAGCUGAAGCUGAAAGAUUUCCGGGGCAAAUAUUUAGUGUUUUUCUUCUAUCCGUUGGACUUGUAAGUAUACCCGCAUUAGACACCCCAUAGCUAUUACGUAGACACUUUCGGGAUUUGGCGCCUCUGAGUGGUACAUAAUCAGUAAACGAAUCGGUUUGCAGCACGUUUGUUUGCCCGACAGAAAUAUUGGCUUUCAACGAUCGCAUCGACGAGUUCAGGAAAAUCGGAGCUGAUGUCGUGGCCGCGUCCGUUGAUUCGCAUUUCACGCAUUUGGCCUGGGUGAAUACACCCCGCAAAGACGGCGGACUUGGCAAAUUGUCCAUCCCGUUGUUGUCAGACAUGACCCACAGAAUAUCCAAAGACUAUGGAGUUUAUUUGAGUGACGUCGGCCACUCGUUGAGGUAUUGUUGUUUACUUAGAUUAUACUUUUAUAAUACUAUGCACUAGGUGUUUUAUUCUACUUAUUCGCAUGAUAUUUAUUUUGUUUUCAGGGGAUUGUUUAUCAUAGACAACAAAGGUGUGCUCAGACAAAUCACCAUGAACGAUUUGCCGGUUGGCCGUAGUGUAGAUGAAACCCUAAGGUUGGUACAAGCGUUUCAAUAUACUGACAUGCACGGAGAAGUGUGUCCGGCCAACUGGAAACCCGGUGAACAAACGGUACUAGAUAUUUUAUUCUGACAUAGAAUGGUGUACGAACGAAUAACCUUUUAUUUAUUCUAUCGAUGAAGUAAUAAUUAUUAUUAGACAGUUAAACCAAUAUUCUGGCUAAUGUUUUUUUUUUUUUUUUGAAAUAAUUGAUUGCGCAUAUUUUUGACAGUAGUAAUUAACUAAAUGGAAUAUUUUAAACAAGUUUAUAACUUUUUACAGAAUAAUUGAAAUAUAGUUUUCAACUUAUGAUUGUUUUGCAGGCUUUAUAAUAAUAACAUUAAUAUUGUAUAAGUACUGUUUAAUAUUUCAAAUUAUUUACAUGUUUAUCGUUCUAGGACAGUUUUAUUUUGUCAGACUCUAUUGCAUAAUAUGAUGAAUUACAAAAAAAAAAAAGACAAUCAUUUGAUAAUAGUAUACACUUUUUACAACUUUGUGGCACACAGCUCAAACAUUAACUUAUGUUUAUUAAAUAAAAAAUAUUAAACAAUAAUUUGUUAUAGUAAUUAAUGGUCGGACUGAAGAAAACAGAAUAUUUAUUUUAUUAAUUUAUUAAUUUCCAAUCAGCUAUUAUUAUAAAUUUUUGUAAUUUUUAAUUAUUUUUUCCAGAUAAUUCCUGACCCUGUUAAGAAAAAAGAAUAUUUUGACAGACUGAUCUAACUGGACGAACUGUAGUCCAUCAUCACCUAUCUCAAUUGCUGAAUUUUCACAAAGCAUCACAAAGACACAUUAAUAUUAUUAUUUUUGUACAAACAAUAUUA